AUGCGGUGCUUCUUGAAAGAUGCUGACGCAAAGCAAAGCGGUGAUGAAAGAGUGAAGAAUUGGGUGGCAGAUGUGAGAGAUGUUGCUUAUGAUGCAGAAGAUAUCGUCGACACCUUCAUCCUCAGAAUAGAACAAAAAAGGAGAAGUGGGUUCGUUGGUUCCCUGAAAAGUUGCAUGAUCAUUAGUGUUGAAUUAUUGGCUCGACAUGAGAUCAGCAAUGGGAUCGAACGGAUAAAGAAUAAAAUCCAGGAGAUCUCUGCGAGCACAGAAAGGUAUGGCAUUAAAGAUGUUAGCAGGGUCGAAGAAGGAAGCAGCUCCAGGGGUGAAAGUCUGCGCGAGCAAAGGCAAACUUCUCCUCUCUUUGGAGAGACAGAUGUCGUCGGUUUUGAAGAAAACAUAAAGGCAUUAGUGGCACGGUUGAUCCAGGGUGAUUCACGACGGCGUGUGGUUUCUGUGGUCGGAAUGGGUGGUCUGGGCAAGACCACUCUUGCCAUUAAAGUUUAUAAUAACGAUGCUGUUAAGAAACAUUUUGAUUGCUGUGUUUGGAUUUUUGUAUCUCAAGAAUAUGUCGUGAAAGAUCUUUUGCGAAGACUUAUAAAAGAUUUCAUGACUCUUUCUAUAGAACAACUUGAGAUGGUGGAGAAGAUGAAUACUGUUCAGUUGAGAGAGAUGCUUUCCAAUCAUUUGAAGGAGAAGAGAUAUCUUCUUGUGUUGGACGAUAUAUGGAAGACCGAAGCUUGGGGUUCUUUAAAAGCUGCUUUUCCAGAUAAGAAUAAGGGAAGUCGAGUCCUACUCACCACCCGCAACAGAGAGGUAGCUUCAUAUGCAGAUGCACGGAGCUCUCCCCUCGAGCUGGAGCUUUUAGGAGAUGAAGACGCAUGGAAAUUGUUCUGCAAAAAAGCAUUCUUUGAACAGGGUAUCCAUUACCAGAAGAAUUUAGAGAAGAUAGGAAAAGAGGUAGUAAAAAAAUGCGGUGGUCUGCCUCUUGCUAUUGUCGUGAUAGGGGGCUUACUAUCAACGAAGGCAAUGAAAUCAAAUGAGUGGGAGAAAGUCCUAAGGAGAAUUAGCUCGCAAUUGGUUGGUGAUGAAUCUCCAAUCAGAAGAAUAUUGGAUUUGAGCUAUGAAGAACUACCUUACCGACUGAAGCCAUUCUUUCUGUACUCUGGUGUUUUUCCAGAAGACCAUGAGAUCCGUGCUAAGAAAUUGAUUCACCUGUGGACUGCAGAAGGAUUUGUAGAGGCAACAGGGGAAGAGACGGUGGAGGAAGCUGCAGAAGUUUGCCUGGACGAGCUGAUCCAAAGAAGCCUGAUUCAAGUGUCAAAAAGUAGUUCCAUUGGUGGAAUUAAAAGCUGCCGCAUCCAUGAUCUCUUACGUGAACUCUCAAUUUCAAAAGCCAAGGAAGACAAAUUCCUAGACGUUCAUCAAGAACAAACAAAUCCUCACUCUCCAUCAAAAGCACGCCGUCUUGCUAUUCAUCCGGCACCUAGUAAGUACACUUGUUUAAAUCGCACCAACGCACACCUUCGUUCACUGUUAUGGAUCGAUUUAACGAAGGGAGAAGUUGAAAAAAAGCAAGAGCAGUUUCUUUUCAGAGGAUUCAGUUUGCUUAGGGUGUUAGAUCUAUCUUAUAUGAAAAUGAGAAAGGUUCCAAAAGAAAUAGGUACACUGAUCCACUUAAGAUACCUUGGCUUCUGGUUAGCUGGCGUGGACAUCUGUGACUGGUGCUUAAAUGGGUGUAAUUCGGACCUACUAAGCUUCCCAUCAUCCAUGAGCAAUCUCCACAAUUUAGAAACGCUUUAUGUAAAAACAAGUUAUGAGACAAUUUACAUACCCAGUUUUAUUUGGAAGAUGCAGCAAUUAAGGCAUGUGAAUGUGUCCUCUGGAAUCAUAAUAAGUAAAGGUGUGUGGUCUAAAAUAGUGGGGCGUCCAUCACUCGGACUUGAUUCUUUAGUUAAUCUCCAGACUCUAAAAUAUGUGAAGGCUGGCGAUUGGAUAGGGGAUUGUUUGGAGAAGCUAACUAAUCUAAAGAAACUGAGAAUAUGGGGGAUCUACCAGAGUAGGCAUGCAGAGGGAUUGUCCAACUCUCUUCCCAGAUUGGAUCGCCUCCAGUCUUUGUGGUUGCAGUGGCACAGUACUAUUCCAGUUUUUAUGCCUAUUUCACAUAACCUGCAUUUGAAGAAGAUGUUUUUGAGGGGAAAGUUAGAGAAGCUACCUGAGUCGAAUGAAUUCUCACCUAACCUCACCAAGCUUACUUUGAAAGACUCCCAGUUAAUGGAAGACCCGAUGGCGGCAUUGGAGAAACUACCCAACCUUCGGAUUCUCAUAUUGGAAGAACAUUCAUACAAGGGAAAGGAAAUGGUCUGCUCUGCACAAGGGUUUCCUCAACUCGAAUCCUUGCAUGUUGUAGAGUUAGUUGAAUUAGAAGAGUGGAGAGUGGAGGAAGGAGCAAUGCCAAGGCUUCUACAUUUGCUGAUUUGGAACUGCUUUCAUUUAAAUAUGAUUCCAGAAGGACUGCAACACGUGACUACGCUCAAGUCAUUGGAGGUGGUGCGGAUGCCAAAUGAAUUCAAGGCCAGAAUGCAGGAAAAUGGUGGAGAGGAUUGGCAUAAAAUUCAACACGUACCGUCAAUCGAAAUAAAAUCGUGA